AUGACGGUCCCUCCUGUCCUGCUGUUCUUUCUCCUGUCCUCGGUACGAGGCACUGAGCAGCCGCAGGUCGGCACUGAGCAUCCCAGCAUGGAGGUAUCCCUGACCGGGCCCAAUGCCUCGCACUUCUGGACCAACUACACUUUCUCCGACUGGCAGAACUUCGUGGGCAGGAGACGCUACGGGGCCGAGUCCCAGAACCCCACGGUGAAAGCCCUGCUCAUCGUGGCCUACUCUUUCAUCAUCAUCUUCUCGCUCUUUGGCAAUGUCCUAGUCUGUCAUGUCAUCUUCAAGAACCAGCGCAUGCACUCCGCCACCAGCCUCUUCAUCGUCAACCUGGCAGUGGCAGACAUCAUGAUUACGUUGCUCAACACGCCCUUCACUUUGGUCCGCUUUGUGAACAGCACAUGGGUGUUUGGGAAGGGCAUGUGCCAUGUCAGCCGCUUUGCCCAGUACUGCUCUCUGCAUGUCUCAGCACUGACACUGACAGCCAUUGCUGUGGAUCGGCAUCAGGUCAUCAUGCACCCCUUGAAGCCUCGGAUCUCCAUCACCAAGGGCGUCAUCUAUAUUGCUGUUAUCUGGGUCAUGGCCACCUUCUUCUCACUGCCGCAUGCCAUCUGCCAGAAACUGUUUACCUUCAAGUACAGUGAGGACAUUGUGCGCUCCCUCUGCCUGCCGGACUUCCCAGAGCCGGCUGACCUCUUCUGGAAGUACCUGGACCUGGCCACCUUCAUCCUGCUCUACCUCCUUCCACUCUUCAUCAUCUCCGUGGCCUAUGCCCGUGUGGCCAAGAAGCUGUGGCUGUGCAACACCAUUGGUGACGUGACCACGCAGCAGUACCUCGCCCUGCGACGCAAGAAGAAGACCACUGUGAAGAUGCUGGUGCUUGUGGUGGUCCUGUUUGCCCUCUGCUGGUUCCCCCUCAACUGCUACGUCCUCCUCCUGUCCAGCAAGGCCAUCCACACCAACAACGCCCUCUACUUUGCCUUCCACUGGUUUGCCAUGAGCAGUACUUGCUACAACCCCUUCAUCUACUGCUGGCUCAAUGAGAACUUUAGAGUUGAGCUAAAGGCAUUACUGAGCAUGUGCCAAAGGCCACCCAAGCCUCAGGAAGACAGGCUGCCCUCCCCAGUUCCUUCCUUCAGGGUGGCAUGGACAGAGAAGAGCCACAGUCGGAAGGCUCCGCUAGCCAGUCACCACCUGCCCUCUUCCCAGAUCAAGUCUGGGAAGACAGAUCUUUCCUCUGUGGAACCCAUUGUGGCGAUGAGUUAG